AUGGAGUGCGCAGGACGGGCCAUUAGUUUCUGGGCGUACCAAACUACCCAGAACUUGCACUACCAGCAAUACUUGUACAAAACGCUCUCGGAGAAGUACUCGGCACUGUGGGCUCGAUGUGAUCAGAUAAACAGGGACUCGGAUGCUAAAGUGAACAGUUUGUGCGAAAAAUUGGAGAGCAUGACCGCUUCACGGGAUGUAUUGCAGCGAAAGAACGACGAGCUCGCAGAGGCCUUCAAGGACAAAAGUCGCAAGCUGUUCCAGACGCAAGAGCUUUACACAAAGGUCAAGAGAAAGGCCGAGUUGGGUCGGAUCGAGCGAGCAGCGUCGGAUGCUGUAGAUAGCUCCCUUCGUUCAGUG